AAACGUACAAUAAAAUUUACAAGAAAGUUGGAAGGCUGUUUGAUUCUAUAGUUAUUUUGGUAUCUGAUCAUAUUUUAUUUUUGUUGAGAAUAAAUGACGGAAUGCAAUUAUAGUUUUGAGACAGUUCAGAGCUUUAAUUAGUGUCGUUUCUCGUUCUCAACUCUAAGGGCCGCUGUUGAUUUGUAGAAAAGUAUGUAUGUGAUCUCCUGUGAUUGGUGGAGUUGUGCUGAUGAUGGUUAGGAGAUUGUGGAGGAGACUAAAGAGAGUCGAUGAAGGGAGACGGUCACUGAAUGACAGCAAACAAGCUGGAUUACUUUGUGGAUAUUUCAAUUGCUGAACAUCAUCUAAAGUUUGUAAUCUGAACACUUAAUUUAAAAAAAAAAAAAUGUUUGUAGCUUCAGUGUGUAGAAGGAUUCAUUGUGACCAGUCGCGAGGACAGCCAUUGGAUCGUGUUUUCCUAUGGAGGGUCUUAUUCAUCAUGGCCGUUUAUUCGAUCUCAAACAUAAACGCGCAAAUUCGUUACUCAGUUCCAGAGGAAAUGAAGAAAGGAUCGCUUAUCGGGAAUAUUGCUCAUGAUCUUGGUCUGGAUGUUCAAAGACUGCGCGCGGGUCGGGCUCGUAUCGUGUCUGGCGACAGCACUGAAUAUGUAGAGCUGAAAACAGACAAAGGGAUUUUGGUUGUGAAGGAGAGAAUUGACCGAGAGCAGCUUUGCGCUGAAACCACUCCGUGCAGCUUCACAUUUGAAAUAAUACUUGAUAAUCCGAUGGAGCUACAUCAUGUUACGGUGGAAAUAUUGGAUGUAAACGAUCACUCGCCGACAUUUCCUAAAGAUGAAAUUAAUCUUGAAAUAAGUGAAUCGGCCACACCUGGGGCUCGUUUCUUACUAGGAAGCGCAGAUGAUCCUGAUGUGGGCGUGAAUGCUCUCCAAAAUUAUGUCUUAUCACCGAAUGAUAAUUUUAUUUUAAAACAGCAUGCACGACAAGGCGGUGUCAAAUAUGCUGAAAUGGUGCUUCAGAAACCUUUAGAUAGAGAACAGCAUCCACAACUUACUCUCACUCUUACAGCAAUGGAUGGAGGAAAUCCGCAAAGAUCAGGUAACGUGAAAAUAGCUGUAAAUGUACUAGAUGUAAAUGACAACGCACCAGUAUUUAACCAGUCAGUUUACAGAGCAACAAUAGCAGAAAAUUUGCCAAAGGGAACUUACAUAACAACAAUUAAUGCAAGUGAUGCAGACAGCGGGGCUAAUAAAUUAAUUUCCUAUAGUUUUACGAAUAUAAAGGUCAUUGGUGAGAUAUUUGAGUUAAAUGAAACCACCGGUGUUAUAAAACUAACUGGGCUGCUUGACUACGAAAAAGCAAAGAAAUACGAAAUUGACAUUGAAGCAAAGGACCAAGGCGGUUUGGGAGAUUCCGCUAAAGUCAUAGUUGAUUUAAUUGAUGUUAAUGAUAAUGCACCUGUUAUCAGUGUUAUGUCAUUUUCAAGCCCAGUGACUGAAGACGCAACUGUUGGCACAACUAUCGCUAUUUUCAGUGUCAAAGAUGUAGAUGCAGGGGAAAAUGGCCAUGUUGACUGUACAAUUGAUCGGAACACACCAUUCAAACUUCAGUCUUCACUGCGGAAUUAUUACACUUUAGUCACUGAUGCUGCUUUAGAUCGUGAACGUGUGGCAGAUUAUAAUAUCACAAUCACAGCUACAGAUUCAGGGUCUCCUUCGCUUUCCAGUCAGAAAACUUUAAAUCUGAAAGUGUCAGAUAUUAAUGACAAUCCGCCCAGGUUUCAAAAGAGUGUUUACACUGCAUAUGUUACUGAAAAUAAUUCUCCUGGUCUGUCCAUAUUUACUCUGAGUGCUCAAGAUGAUGACUGGAACCAGAACGCUCGUAUUUCAUAUCUUCUUGAUGAAGCUACAGUGGGUGGAUCCCCUGUUUCCUCUUUUAUAUCAGUGAAUGCCGACAGUGGAGUGGUACACGCACUGCGCGGUUUUGACUAUGAACAAAUGAAAAGGGUUCGUGUCUGUGUGAAAGCACAAGAUGGAGGCUCUCCACCCCUCAGCACUAAUGUGACUUUAGACAUUAUAAUCCAAGAUCAGAAUGACAACGCUCCUCAGGUUCUGUAUCCAGUACAGACUGGAGGUUCAGUGGUGGCUGAGAUUGUGCCUCGUGCUGCAGAUGUUGGAUAUCUCGUCACUAAAGUGGUGGCUGUUGAUGUGGACUCUGGACAGAAUGCCUGGCUCUCCUAUAAACUACAGAAAGCUACAGACAGAGCGCUGUUUGAAGUAGGUUUACAGAAUGGAGAAAUAAGAACUGUGCGACAAGUGACUGAUAAAGAUGCUGUCAAACAGAAACUCACUGUUGUUGUGGAGGAUAACGGACAGCCCUCUCGCUCAGCUGUGGUCUCCAUUAACGUGGCUGUGGCUGACAGCUUUCCUGAAGUGUUGUCAGAGUUCACAGACUUUACGCAUGAAAAACAAUAUAACGACAACCUGACUUUUUAUUUAGUUCUCGCACUGGCCGCUGUUUCUUUCCUAUUUAUCACUUGUGUGGUUGUGAUAAUAUCAGUAAAGAUCUACAGAUGGAGACAAUCUCGCUUCCUCUAUCAGUCCAAUCUGCCUGUUAUUCCGUACUAUCCACCGCAUUACGCAGACACAGGAGUCACUGGAACUCUGCCGCACGGGUAUAAUUAUGAAGUGUGCAUGACGACUGACUCGAGGAAGAGUGACUGUAAGUUUUCUACACUCGGUGGACAGAACGUUUUAGUGGUGGACCCGAGUUUCACUGAGACGAUGCAGCGCGCAAUGAAGGAAAAAAACUGCUCAGAAGAUCCAGAAUUGCAAGAAAUGGUAAGAUCACCUGCUCUUAAAAACUGAUAUAAAGCAUAUAUAAUCUUAAAAUUGCAUGCAGUAAAUUAUAGCUAGUAAUAUUAGAAAGGGUGUUACAUUAUCUGUAACACUUUGCAAUAAGGUUUAGUUCGUUAGCAUUAAAUAAUGCAUUAGCUACCAUG